CUCCUAUUUGAAGGCCAACUACCUCUUAUGAGAUUCAUAUCGUGAAAUUGAACCUCUCUCUCGUCGGACGAGAGAGAGGCGUCCGGCACGAAUCGUGUCCAUUUACGUUAAGCUUCAUUUCUCAAACUCCUCGGACUUACACCGUGACAAAACAUUUCGUGCGCAUGGCGAAGAAGGAUCGAUUCUACGCAGUCGCUCGAGGAAAGACGCCGGGAGUGUACACAACAUGGAAAGCAGCUGAACGCCAAGUUAAGGGAUUCUCGGAUGCCUCCUACGAGAAGUUUAAUAGCUUCGCCGAGGCUACGAAUUUCAUGCAAGAAAUGAAUUGUCGUGAAACCGACAUCCAGCUCAGGGAUUCUGGCGUAGUUGUUGCUGCACCGAGAGAUACCCAGUCCCAGAACAUUCUCGAUGUUGCUGACGUUCUCAAUGACACUGCGUCACUGAAUCUCGAGGAGAAGCCAGAAGCAAAAACCGCUGGGGAAGACAAUCCGUACCAUUUGGUUGCAUUUUGCUCUAGUAGUGCAAUUCCUAAUGAGCUUCCAGGGGGAGUCGCUGCGUACGCAGUUUACUUCCCCCUCGAAUGCACUCCUAUCCGUGCAUUGGAUGUCAACGCCCACCCCACGAACAAUCAUGCGGAUUGUCUUGCAGCUCUACAGGCUACAAGCAUUGCCGACGAAUUGGACCCGAAAAGCCAAAGACCACUUAGUAUUCACUCGCGCUACCAAGGUUUGGUGUACGCCAUGGCUGCCCACGAUGGGAGACAGAGAUGGAUUGAUAAUUGGCUGAAAAAUGGUUGGAUGACGACUGACAAGACACCUAUAGAGCACCAGGACAUCUACAGAAAACUUCUGGAAGCUGAAAAGCAUCGCAAGAUUUCUUGGCAUUUCCUGGAUGAGACAGCGGACCCCGCUUGGAUGAUGGAGCUUCAUCACAAAACUCACAUUGAAGCGGAGCGAUACGCUCGCCUUAAAUUUCACGCCGCGUAUAAUAAUGUGAUGAAACGAGACAAUGGUGGCGCGAGCAACAAUGAAAAUAAAAAAAAAUGAUUUACCCAGCCUACUAGUUGGCUUUUUUCCUCUCAUUUCUUUCAAAACACAACAGUAUGUAAUGGAUAAAACGCCACAUUCUGGU